GUAUCGUAGACGUACCUAAAAUCGCCGUAAACCUUGGUUCGCCGUAUUUACAAGUUUUGUUUUGAUCACGCGAUAUUUCCGCGCAUGCGCGAGAUGUGACGUCACAGUGUUGUGAGAAAGCUGUUCCCACGGAAGGAAACUGUCAAACUCGACAAAAUGCGAUUUAAACAGGCACAUCCCACACCUGUGAAGAAACAUUAUAGGGUUUAUUCACCAAGUGCCCUCACAAAUGCUUAUAGGAUGGUGAAAGAGGAAGGCCUAACUGUCUACAGGGCUAGUAGAAUGUUUAAUGUGCCAGAAAGAACACUUAGAGACAGGUUUAUUGGCAGAGUUGAUCCUGAGUUGUGUGUUAUGGGCAAACUUCCAUUACUUGACCAGUUUGAAGAAGCUAAGCUUGUCAAUCAUUUCAAGAGGAUGGCUGACUUAGGUUAUGGCUAUACCCAGCAAGAAUGCAUCGAUGUUGCAAGUGAGUUUGCUGUUCAGCUGGGGAAACGCACCAAAGAUAAACCUCUGUCUAUGAAAUGGAUGAAAGGAUUUCUAAAGCGGUGGCCAGAGAUGCGGGUAACAAAACCCAGAGCACUGGAGUUUGUUAGGGCAAAGAUGGCUAGUGAGGGUGUUGUCAUGACAUACUUUGAUAAUCUUGAAACCUGUCUGCAAAAAAAUGAUCUCUUGGAUAAGCCACAUUUAAUCUAUAAUGUGGAUGAAAAAGGUGUGUCAAUACUGCAUAAACCACCUCAUAUAGUUGCAGGUACCAACCAUCCCGCUCAGGCGGUGACAUCUGGAAAAGGUGACACUGUUACAAUAAUUGGUGCAGGUAGCGCAAGUGGUUCAGCCAUUCCACCAUAUUUCGUGUUCCCUGGCAAGAAAAUGAACUAUGACCUACUAAAGGGUUCUUCAGCAGGAGCAAGUGGAACUGUAUCCGAUUCAGGGUGGUCAAAUAUGGAUGUGUUUCGCAAAUAUCUUACAGAGCACUUCAUACAGUUUGUACCAGGAAGGGGCGAUCAAAAGGUUCUUUUGCUCCUAGAUGGACAUAGGUCACAUGUUGCCCUAACACUGGCUGAGUGGGCAAAAGACAACAACGUCAUACUAUACAUCCUACCUGCACAUACAAGCCACAUUCUGCAGCCCCUUGAUGUUGGAUGCUAUGGACCCUUUCAGAGGAUGUACCAUGUCCAAUUGCACAAAUACAUACGACAAACACAUGCUGCCAUCACCAAGUACAGCAUAGCCGAAAUUUCUUGUAAGGUAUAUAACAGGGCCUUAUGUGCGGAUAAUUUGCAGUCUUCUUUUAGAAGAACAGGAAUUUACCCUCUGGAUAGAACUGUUGUACCAAAGAGCAGCAUGGUUCCAGCUGAGGUAUUUCAUGACAGUUGUGACAGUCAGUCAAGUCAAGCUACCGUUGAAGAAGGGGGGAUUCCAUUGGAUGUAUUUCAAGAAAAGAACAACAGCUAGUAAAAAAGAA